ACACAGUUGAGUCCAUGCUUUCAGACUACGACAUCCUUUCGCAGUCUAGCAUCCAGCAACACUCACUGAAGAAGAGGGACCUCCAGCCUGAGACGCACGUGGAGAGACUCUUAAGUUUUUCAGCCCUGCAAAGGCACUUUAAAUUAUACUUAACUGCAACUGCUGAACACUUUUCAGAAAAAUUUCAAGCAUUAAUUUUGGAUGGUGAAGGCAAAGAAAAGGAGUAUCGUGUUCAAUGGCAAGACUUUUUCACCGGACAUGUCGUUGGAGAGCAUAAUUCCAAGGUUGUGGCACAUAUUGGGGAUGAAGACUUUACAGUGAGAAUCAGUACUGAUGGAGAAGAAUACAAUAUAGAGCCACUGUGGAGAUUUGUAGAUAAUGUGCAAGAUGAAAGACUGCUGGUCUACAGAUCUGAAGAUAUUAAAGAUUUCUCACGACUGCAGUCCCCCAAAGUGUGUGGUUAUUUAAAGCUGAACGAAGAAGAACUGUUGCCAAAAGGGCUGGAAGAUAGGGAGCAAAAUGAAGCAAGCAUCCAUCGGAAGAAAAGAGCUAUUCCAGAGAACUCCAAAAACACGUGCAAGAUGUUGGUAGUGGCAGAUCAUCGUUUUUUCAAGUAUAUGGGCCGUGGGGAAGAGAGUACUACUAUAAACUAUUUGAUUGAAUUGAUAGACAGAGUAGAUGACAUCUACCGAAAUACUUCCUGGGACAAUGGAGCCUUCAAUGGGUACGGCAUACAGAUAGAGCAGAUUAUCAUCCACAAUGAGCCAAAUCACGUAAAACCUGGAGAAAAGCAUUACAAUAUGGCAAAAAGUUACCCAGAUGAUAAGAAAGACGCCUGGGAUGUGAAAAUGCUGCUAGAGCAAUUUAGCUUUGAUAUUGCUGAGAAGGCAGCUCACGUGUGCCUUGCUCAUCUCUUCACAUAUCAAGAUUUUGACAUGGGAACACUUGGAUUGGCUUAUGUUGGCUCUCCCAGAGCUAACAGCCAUGGUGGCAUUUGUCCUAAAGCUUAUUAUAGUCAAAUUGCAAAGAAGGACAUCUAUCUGAACAGUGGCUUAACCAGCACCAAGAACUAUGGGAAGACCAUCCUCACAAAGGAGGCUGACCUGGUUACGACGCAUGAACUUGGACAUAACUUUGGAGCAGAGCAUGAUCCUGAUAGUCUGCCAGAAUGUGCCCCCACUGAAGACCAGGGAGGGAAAUACGUUAUGUAUCCAAUUGCUGUCAGUGGAGAUCAUGAAAACAACAAGGUAUGGUUGCACGGUUUUGCUUCCAUGUACAAGACCAUAGAGAUCAAGGCCCAGGAGUGCUUCAAAGAGCGCAACAACAAAGUGUGUGGAAACUCCAGGGUGGAUGAAGGGGAGGAAUGCGAUCCUGGCCUCUUGUACCAACAGGCUGAUCCCUGCUGCUCCGCAGACUGUAAACUGAAAGAUGGUGCCAAAUGCAGUGAUCGGAACAGUCCCUGCUGUAAAGGCUGCCAGUUUGAAAGCGCACAGAAGAAAUGCCAAGAAGCCAUAAAUGCCACUUGUAAAGGAGAGUCUUUUUGCACUGGGAACAGCAGUGAGUGCCCCCCUCCAGGGAACGCUCCAGAUGACACAGUCUGUGUGGACAUGGGGAAGUGCAAGGAUGGGGAGUGUGUCCCUUUCUGCGAGAGGGAGAAGAACCUACGAUCGUGUGCAUGCAACGAAACGGAUAAUUCCUGCAAGGUGUGCUGCCGGGACGAGCAGGAUAGGUGUGUACCGUACGUCGAUGCUAACGACCAGUUCCUGUUCCUGCGCAAGGGGAAGCCUUGCACCGUGGGCUUCUGCGAUACAAAUGGUAAAUGCGAGAAGCAAGUACAGGAUGUGAUUGAACGAUUUUGGGAUUUCAUAGACCAACUCAGCAUCAAUACUUUUGGGAAGUUCCUAGCGGAUAAUAUAGUGGGCUCUGUGCUUGUCUUCUCCUUGCUUUUUUGGAUUCCUCUCAGCAUCCUUGUGCAUUGUGUGGACAAGAAAUUGGACAAGCAGUACGAGGAGAACACAAAGUCCCUGUUUUGCCCCAGUAACGUGGAGAUGCUCAGCAGCCUGGACUCUGCCUCCGUUCGAAUCAUCAAGCCCUUCCCCGCGGCGCAGUCGACAAGCCGGCACCAGCCGCUGCCCACCCCCGCCGUCCCCCCCUUCCCUGCCGCACCGAAACAGGACCACCAAAGAAUGGACACUAUUCAGGAGGACCCAAGCACUGACUCUCACAUUGACGAGGACGGGUUUGAGAAGGACCCUUUCCCAAAUAGCAGCUCGGCUGCCAAAUCUUUUGAGGACUUGACAGACCAUCCUGUCAUUCGGAGUGAGAAAGCUUCGUCCUUCAAACUGCAGCGCCAGAAUCGGGUGGACAGCAAAGAAACAGAGUGCUAG